GAUGUACUUCCUGUGGCAGGUGACUCAGGGUCGUAAACGUCUCAUCAUGUCUCUACGGGAACAGAUCGUCAACGAGGGGAAGGACAAGGCCUUUCUCCUCAGGAGGUUACAGUGUCUACAGAGACAGGGAGCAGGCAGACCUAGACCACAGGUGCACUUCGAGGAGGAGAGAGCGACCAGGCCAGAGUCAGGGCAGCUUAGAGAAGAAGCACGCCCUCCUCCCUCCUUCCAACACCCAUCCCCCCCCAUGGAGGCCCCCUCCGUGUUCACUCGGCCUCCCUGGGACAGCUCCCCCAGACUAGGUAGAGCCCAGCCCCCCAGCCCUCGUGGUGGAGCCAGCCCCAGAGGCAGCCCUGGUCGCGGCCGGACCCCAGCCAGCAGGCAGGCGUGCUGGGUAGAGGAGGAGCGACCAGCCCCUCCCCCUCCAGAUCCACUGUGGCCAGUCAGGGGUAGAGGAUGGCUUCAGGGAAGGCCCCACGGGGGGCCCAGAUUGGAGCCGCUGCCUGCCCGCGAGGUACCCGUCCUGCCUGGGUCGGUGCCUGAGAGCGCCCCCCUCCCCCACGGAGACCAGGGUCCAGCAGAGCAGAGGUGAACCAGGGACAACAUCAGUCCUAGCUAGACUCAGAGAGAGGAUAGGAGCCCACAUCAACUGUCGGGCUCAGACAUUGCCUGCUUCCAAAAUGCCACCCUAUUCCAUAGGACUCAGGUCAAAUGUAGUGCACUAUGUAGGGAAUAGGGUGCCAUAGAGCUCUGGUCUAAAGUAGUGCACUAUGUAGGGAAUAUGGUACCAUAGAGCUCUGGUCUAAAGUAGUGCACUAUGUAGGGAAUAGGGUACCAUAGAGCUCUGGUCUAAUGUAGUGCACUAUGUAGGGAAUAGGGUGUUGUCCCAGAAGAAGAUUUAAGUGUUAGUUAGUUGAGAUAAAGGGAGU